GGCCUCUAUAGUGAAAUGAAAUACAUGAUUUCAUUCGGCGCAACAUGCACUGCUUUACCCUGGACUUAUAAAAUUGCGGUGGUUCCUAUCUUAGCGAGGGGGAGAGGGACUGCCCUUUCGGUAUGCAUUGAUUGGGUUGUGAAUGUUUGGCUCCGGUUGUUCAUGCCUGAAGCGCUGAAUAAGACUGCUUGGAAGAUAAUAUUUUGCUUUUGGGGGUGUUUGCAUUGCAACUUCUAUUGUUAUUGUUUUGUUUCAUCCAGAGACUGCGUAGCGGUCGCUUGAGGAGCUUGAUCUGUUGUUCACGCCGAACCGGUGUAAGCUGGUUUGUUAGGACAUACUUAGUGUACUACUAGUAGUCUUAAGGGGACCGUGCCCAAACAAGCAUACGGAAGUCAUGACUCGUGCGCAUAUGGCAAAAAGGAGUACAAUGAUCGAUGCUGUUAAGACUGCAGAAGGAUCAGGACGAACCGUAUGUUCAGUAAACAUUGCGCUUAUACACAGCCC